AUGCUUCCCGCUGCCACUUACACGCACGUUGCCCCCAAGGUCAUUCCUGUCAUCCUGACCGUUGGAGGCGCUACAGUUGCUAGCCGCUCUUUGAGCCACUACAACAGACAGCCAGUACGAGCGAAGCCAUACCAACAAAGCACCCCUGCUCAACCUCGAUCGAAGUACUUUGAGCUGGUUCUCGAGUCGGUCUUCGCAUAA